UGGCCCGACCCGAAUGGUUGCCGAAACGAUGUUUUCUGUUCGGGGACGUGCUUGGGUCGCUCCGAGCACUUGAAUCAAAGUCGGUAUAUCUUGCCCUGUGUCACUUCCAGUACUUAAGUAAACACUGCAAUUUCAUUUUGACUAAUGUACAAAAGUUUCUUUUGAAUUUAAACUUAAAAAGAUAAUGCUUAGUUAGCUCAGAUUUAACAUGUUUGUUAUCAAUAUAAUACAAAUAAAUAAGAACAUCCUUAUUAAUAAAAAUUAGUUAGAGUUUACAAAGUAGAUAAUAACUGACAGUAAAUAAUAACAAAAAUUGGUCUUGUUCUUCGAAUAAUAAUAUAGAUUAUGGCUGAAUUAGUAGCUCUUCUUCAUCAUGAAAUCCCUGAAGGACGGAAUAAUCUGGCUGAUAGUCAUACCAAUCUCGAAAGAGUUGCUGAUUAUUGUGAAGCGAAUUACUUUCAAGCUGAAAACAAAAGAAUCGCUUUAGAAGAAACUAAAAACUAUACUACUCAGUCACUAGCUAGCGUUGCUUACCAAAUAAAUACAUUAGCCUAUAACUUUUUACAGUUACUUGACUUACAAACCAGUCAGUUAUCAGAAAUGGAAAGUCAAAUGAAUCAUAUUUCACAAACUGUAAUGAUUCAUAAAGAAAAAGUAGCUAGAAGAGAAAUUGGAGUCCUUACAGCAAACAAAAUAACUUCCAGACAAUACAAGAUUAUCGCUCCAGCUAAUCCUGAAAAGCCCAUUAAAUACGUUAGAAAAACUGUCGACUAUACUAUUUUUGAUGACUUGGGUCACGGUGUAAAAAGUAUUGGAACUCCAAAAAGUAAAAAAGGAGGUAGUCAAAGUAGCAUUCAUAGUUCUGGUGCAUCUUCCGUAGGCUCAGGCUUAAUUUCAGCAGUGGUUGGACCUGCUCCAACGACUAAACCACCAACACCACCGCAAGUAGGGAGGACAGGUAGUUUAAUUAUUUGUGGUUUCAAUCGUUGUAAAUUACAAUUUUUUACUUGA